AUGAAGGAGGACCAAGUUGUAACGGAAGAAUCUGGGCUCCAGGAUGAUGAGGACUCUUUAUUUCAAGACAUUGACCUGUUGCAGAAACAUGGAAUUAACGUCGCUGACAUUAAGAAACUGAAGUCAGUAGGAAUCUGUACCGUCAAAGGAAUACAGAUGACCACAAGGAGAGCCCUAUGCAAUGUCAAAGGGCUUUCAGAAGCCAAAGUGGACAAGAUUAAAGAAGCAGCCAACAAACUCAUUGAACCAGGAUUCCUGACAGCAUUUGAGUAUAGUGAGAAGAGGAAGAUGGUAUUCCAUAUCACUACCGGAAGCCAGGAAUUUGAUAAGUUGCUUGGAGGUGGAAUUGAGAGCAUGGCAAUCACAGAAGCUUUCGGAGAAUUUCGUACUGGAAAAACCCAGCUCUCUCAUACUCUCUGUGGUGAACAUCAGAUGGAGCUGCUUGAUUAUGUAGCAGCAAAGUUCCAUGAAGAAGCUGGCAUUUUCAAGCUAUUGGUAAUUGAUUCGAUAAUGGCACUGUUUCGAGUGGAUUUCAGUGGACGAGGAGAGUUAGCUGAACGACAGCAAAAAUUGGCCCAGAUGUUGUCACGACUGCAAAAAAUCUCCGAAGAAUACAAUGUGGCUGUGUUUGUGACCAACCAAAUGACUGCUGAUCCAGGAGCGACAAUGACUUUUCAGGCAGAUCCCAAAAAACCCAUCGGGGGACAUAUUCUGGCUCAUGCUUCAACCACAAGAAUAAGCUUGCGAAAAGGAAGAGGAGAACUCAGAAUUGCCAAGAUUUAUGACAGCCCCGAGAUGCCUGAAAAUGAAGCCACCUUCGCAAUAACUGCUGGAGGAAUUGGGGAUGCCAAGGAGUAG